GGCACUUGGUCGAGCGCGCCGCGGGCGGGACUGGAGGAGCUGUGGGUAAGCUAUCAGCGUAUCAAUAGUUGCUUCGCGGAUGUGGUCAUACGGACGAGUCAUCACACCGAUCUCUUCUGGAUCCAGGACUACCAUCUCCUCAUGCUCCCGCAGUACCUCACGCGGAAAAUACGGAAGGCAAAGUAGGGCGGAACCAUGUUCUUUUGUGACACUAUAUAUUAUAACUUAGAUAUGACAGGCUAGAAGGUAAAUGAAUGAAUGAAUGAAUGACAACAUAUAACUUAGAUUGAUAAACAGUUGUCAUAUCAGUCAGAAGCUUAUUAAUGUACUUAGAUGGACAGACUGUCACAAGAAAGUGACCGUACUAAGGUAAAUCAAAAAGAGCGUUCAUAUCAGAAGCAUAUUAUAGAUAGAUAGAUAGAGAGACAGACAGACAGACAGUUACAACAAGAAGGUGACCGUACGAAGGUAAGUCAAAAGAACCAACAAUUUUUCUACUUAUGGGCACGAGCUAAGUAAGUACUUGAUGAGGCCGUUGUAUGUACAUCUAAGAGAUUGAUUAUCUGCUGCAAGGAUGUCUUAAUCAAAAUCAUAUUCAAGAAGUCAGCAUUAUCCAGUCUCCAUUCUACGCAUGAUUAUUGCCUAUCCUGCCCUUGACGUUCAUCAUUCCCCUUCCUCUCCUUCAUUCCUCUAUCGGCUUGUACCUGCACACACCGUUCCCGAGCUCAGACAUUUUCAAGUGUCUCCCAUGGCGGGAAGAAAUACUACGUGCGAUGCUAUGCGCAGAUCUUGUAGGAUUUCAGUUUUUCGAGUAUGUCCGCAAGUUCUUCAUCACUGUAAAAAAGUUCUUGGGACUCGACUACCAAUUUCUGCGCUACGGGCAGAUGGCAGUGGAAUACGGCGGCAGGAAUGUAAUUUAUGACCAAGGAAUUUGGAAGAGUGCUUGAGGAAAUGGGUGUGCCCAGUCCUGGCUGAUUGCUGUUGCGGUCGUGGUUUAUUCCACUUCUUUUAGUAAUUACACUGUGAUAGAAGAGAUGAUGAAUGAACUUCGAAUUUUCCCGUGACUAGAGGACAAGUAUCUUUGUUUCAUGCCUCGGUCACAGUUGGUCACGUGAUGGUAAAUGUCGCGGAGGUUGCGCAGGCGGCGAGCAAAUUAGGCGAGCUAAAAGAAGCCCUUAGAGCUGACGACCUUUCGGCUGCGCAGAACACUCAGCGAGGAUUGUUGGAGGACGCAACACACGAGAGACCAGUAGUUGUUAUGGUUUACCGAACAAUUGUAUUCUUCACUACCAUUCAUGAUCUUGACUUGUUUUCCAAUAGGAAGGAAUAAGAAGUCAACAAGGAUGAUCUCUCUGAAGAAUGUAAUGGCGCAACCCCUGCUAAGGUACAGUCGGAUGUUGUUGAGGGUCGUGCCUUGGCAAGAGAAGGAGGAGGAGGAGGGCACUCAGCUGCUCUGUUUAGCAGUGGUGGUGCGGAAUUUGGGGGUCUAGAAUUUGUUCCCGCACGAUCAAGUGGUGCGCGUGUGAUCCAACAAAGCGGCUACUCUGUAGGCACUCCGGGAACCACGACGAGUGUUAAGCAAAGGACUGAAAUAAGUACAAGUACAGUUCGUUGAGCUCCUUGAGCAGAAAAUAACAGCCCCUCUUUUAUUUAAAACUGAUCGAUGAUAGAUAACUAUAACUUGCUUGAGCAAUGAAUUUGAGUUCUUUGAGAGUCUCAAGAUCUGAAUUUUAGACUCUAAGCUGAAUUUGAAAUUUUUUGACUCUAAAGUCGGAUCUCCUGCUACCCUCGCGAGUCCAGAUCUACUUCCGACGCAGAGUAUUUCUGGUUCACUGGCACCCAGCAUCAGUGUGCCAGCCUUGUCCGACAUCGGUGGGUCCUCCAUUCCGAAGAUUGGAGAUAGACUCAGCGAGUGCUCGCUUCGGGGUUUGGCCAAAAUCAAUGAGCAGCUUGAAGACGAGAACGCGGAAUCGCUAUCACCUGACAAGCACGACUCAGAGGAGCGGGACGAAGAUCGAGAAGUACUUGUUCGAAUAAGAGGCCAUUUUUGAAUAGAUUUUACCAUGCUGGUGCUGCACGACUGGCUCGUUGGAAUGUUGUAAUAUUCGAGUAUUAAAAAUAUUGAUGUUCACGUUGAGGGUGUAGUUGCGGCGGCGUAGUAAAAAAUUAGCCGAGAUGUAGUGCUUCUUAUCUUACUCAUGCUGUUACAAGUUUCGCUUUCGUUCCAAAAUCAGGAUACCCUUCCGAACGUCGGCUUCGCAACGACAGUUGUGCAGAGUUCUUUCGCGGAAGGGGAUGACUCGCUGAGCGGGACGUCGAAGACUGGCGAAGCUUCGCCUCUCUGUGCUUCCAUGACUAGUAGCUGUGCCACAACUGUGGUCUUGGCUGCAGAUUCGGCGGUCGAAGGAGUAGUGCAUUCUGGUAGCCCACCUGGCUUGCGCUCCCUUCUGGGCACCUCCACGUCACCACCGGCACCGCUUCGAUUAAGGGUUACCGAAUUACAUCCCGCACUACCCUUCUUGGCUCUUUAUUUCCUACCCGAAGAAAUGAAGCCAGGGAUGUCCCGAAGAGGAGUGUGUUGAUCGUAAUGCUGCACCCUCUAACUCAGCGGGCCGUGACGUUAGGCACCGCGGCCGGGCCAAUGCAUGUGACUGUGGCGAAAAACUUCAUGAAUUCUGGUGAUAUUCAGGACUCUAGCACAUCCCCGCGCCAACCGCAGGCGAGUGUCUUAGGACCAGAUGGAGCUGAGCCGCACCCGGGUGGACCGCAUACGUACGGAGCAGGUUUUCCCCACGACCG